AUGAGCAACUCCAACUCGCCACCCGACGACGCCGAACCGGCCACACUCCCGACAGAGAGCAACGACGGCCACGGCAUCAGCCUCGCCUCCAAGCUCCUUCGCGCCGUCCAAGCGGUGCUCAGCGAACUCGGCCUGGUCGCGCUCUACCACGCCCCGGCCGACUCGAAGAUCUUGAUCCUACAGCGCUUCGUGCGGCUGUUUGCGUAUGGCGGGUCGACGUUGAUUCUGGCCUCGUACCUCUCGGACCUGGGCGUGUCGGACGCGCGCAUCGGCCUGUUCAUGACGCUGACGCUGGCGGGCGACGUGCUGAUCAGCUUCCUGCUGACCCUGAUCGCCGAUGGGCUGGGCCGCAAAUGGAUCCUGGUCUUCGGCGCCGCGCUGAUGACUGCGAGCGGCAUCGUCUUCGGCCUGUCCGGCAAUUACUGGGUGUUGCUGGCGGCGGCUAUUUUGGGGGUUAUCAGUCCAAGUGGCAAUGAGAUCGGACCGUUCAGGGCCAUUGAAGAAUCAACCCUGGCCCAUCUCACCGCCAGCCAGCACCGCAGCGACAUCUACGCCUGGUACUCGCUGAUCGGCACCGCAGGCACGGCGCUCGGCUUCGUCUGCUGCGGCUGGAUCAUCACGUUUCUCAGACACGACAAGCACUGGACGUCCGUCCGGGCCUACCGACUGGUUUUCUUCAUCUACGCCAGUGUCGGCAUCGUCAAGCUGGGCCUGGCUCUGCUCCUGAGUAAGGAAUGCGAGGUCACCAGCCAGCCCAAGUCAGCCAACGCGACCGAGACCGAGACCGCGCCGCUACUGGGAGGCAACGCCAACGCCGACGCCAAUGCCAACACCAACAAAAACGCACCCGCCAGCAAGGGCGAGACCAAGAAGCGCUGGUCAUUACUGCCGAACAUCAGCAAGGAGAGCAAGGUCAUCCUGGUGCAGUUGUGUAUUUUGUUCGCCUUUGACAAUUUCGCCUCAGGACUGGCUCCAGUAUCCUGGGUCACGUACUUCUUCAAGCGCAAAUUCGACCUGCCCGAAGGCAAGCUGGGCUCCAUCUUCUCCGUGACCGGCGUCAUCUCGGCUCUUUCCAUGCUGGUGGCGUCGUCGAUUGCCAAACGAAUCGGAAAUGUCAAGACCAUGGUUUUCACCCACCUCCCCUCAGCAAUCUGCCUCGCCUUGAUCCCCAUCCCCUCAACCCUCGGCGGCGCUCUUGUCUUCCUGAUCGGACGCUCCUGUACCCAAGUCAUGGACGUCGCUCCCCGCUCCGCCUUCCUGGCCGCCAUUGUGCUGCCGCACGAGCGCACCGCUGUCAUGGGCACCAUCAACGUAGCCAAGACGUGCGCCCAGAGUCUGGGCCCCGUCAUCACCGGCAUUCUGGGCACCAACCAUCUUUUCUGGGUCGCCUUCGUCGCCGCCGGCUCUCUCAAGGCCACGUACGACUUGGGUCUGCUCGCUCUGUUUGCCGAGAGGAAGAGUCGGGAAGAAGGAACCGUGGCCGGACCUGGACCUGGACCUGGACGUGACGAGGAGGAGCAAGGAGGUCGAUGA